AUGGUACAAAUAUGGCAAAUGGAACCGUAUCCAUGUGGUGAUCCGAGGCUACCACAUCAUGUGUUCCCACCGAAAAUGAUUACACCGGACGAGUUGUCACGAAGGACCGGAACCCUCUACUGGAAGCUGGACACACUGGAUCAGGUUGCUCUUUCAAAACGACUUAUGAUCAUGAAAAUGGAGAGAAGCUUCACCAAGGAGGACAUUUUCACCCUUGACGCCGAAACAACCGCGAACUUCAGAGAUAAGAUCGACGAACUGUUCGAAGAAUCGAAUCAGCCCGAAGAUCAGGCAAGAAUGAUCAUCGAUGGUUCGGCAUAUUACGAUGUGGAAGACAAGAAUGGAGACUGGGUACGUAUCUUGUGCGAGUACGGAGAUCUUAUUCUGAUUCCAGCGAAUACGUCGUUCCGUUUCACGACAACACCACAGAAUUUCGUCAAGAUGCGCCGAUUCUACAAAGAGAAGGACGAAUGA